UUCAAAAUCAGCUGUCGUGAGUCGAGCAUCUUGAUGUUACCUGAAAUAGGCUAAGCAUAUAUUUUAACAUUUCUCAUUUAUUUAAUAUUUAUUUAACUAGGCAAGAUGAACUCAACAACAUCGACACAAGUUACCUGCUAUAUUUGGGCAACAGGAUUAAGACAGAGAGAAUUUGGCUAAAUACAAUGUAUGCUUCUGGAUUACGAGGAGGCUGGUAUAUACCGUGUCAUCGGUAACAGUUGUGUACAAGCCACCUAGCAAAUCAAAUAUUGGAGCGAGUAGUCAUUAGUUAAAUUACAUGUUAACCACAGAGAGAGCCUAAUAGACGCGCAGUAGAGUUCACCUGCCGAAUGCCGACACACCGGAAAAUGAACUAAAACAACGAAUGAGAGACGGUGGAGGCUACCAGAAUGAAGACAGACAUGUUCCGGAAUAAACGUGUUCAACCCAUUGUGGCCUUAGUUGGUGAUGACGUCAUCCUGCCUUGCACCCUGAGACACACAGUCAGCGCUGUGCAUCAGUCAAUAGAGUGGCAGAGACCGGACCUAAAACCAAAAGAGGUCCAUCUUUACAGAGAUGAGAAGGACGAUCUUGUGCUCCAGAAUCCAGUCUUCGGGGGAAGGACGUCACUGUUUAAAGAAGAACUAGAGAACGGCAACACUAGUUUAAAGUUGACCAGAGUGAAACUCUCCGAUGCUGGAAACUACACCUGUUACAUUCCACUGCUGAACCACCAGAAAACCGUCAUUCAACUGCUUGUUGGUGAGUCAACACACCUGCUGACCACCCAAACCCCCUUAAGAGACAGAUCGCAUGAAAUCAAGGGUGCUGUGUCCAGACCAGUUAUCAUCAUUGAGGGAAUAGAAGGCGAUAAGGUGGUACUGCGGUGUGAGGCUGAAGGCUGCUACCCAGAGCCUGUCAUGGAGUGGUGUGACGCUCAGGGACGCGUCCUCCCUGCUGCUGGACCUACAGAGACGUCCAGAGACCGUGAAGGCUGCUACACUGUGACAAGCCAUGUCACCGUCCCGAACUGUGACAACAACACCUUCACCUGUCGCGUUCAACAGUUGCAGAUCAAACACAUGAAGGAGAGACAGGUUCAUGUUCCAGAUCAGAUGUUUCCUAAGACUUGUCAUUCCUGCUGGCUGACAGUUCUUGGAGCAGUUCUUGUCACAGUUCUUGUUGAAGCUGUAGCUGGAUGUCUCUACCUGUUGAUAAGAAAAGGGAUAUUGACCUUCAGAAAGGAACCGUGGACGUCAGUAAUGAAGAACAAGGAGACGACGAAGAAUGAGGAAGAUGAGGCCAGUGAUCCCAGUCUGUCAUCGGUUUAAAUGUGAAAUGAUGCCCCACGCUCUUAACCACUAGUCUACCUGCCACUCCAUAUAUACCACUAGUCUACCUGCCACUCAGUAUAUACCACUAGUCUACCUGCCACCCAGUAUAUACCACUAGUCUACCUGCCACUCCAUAUAUGGCACUGUGUCAGAAGCAUUAGUUUUUUAUAUCAGGCAUCUUUGGUGUAGUUUAUGUAGUCUGUAAUAGGUGCUGAUUUAUUUGACAGGGACAAUGCACAAUCAUAUAGUGAAAGGACCAGCUAUUGCAUACAGAAGCAAUCAAUGCCUGGCUGAGUUACAUUUACAUUUACAUUUAAGUCAUUUAGCAGACGCUCUUAUCCAGAGCGACUUACAAAUUGGUGCAUACACCUUAUGACAUCCAGUGGAAGAGCCACUUGCAUCUAAAU